AUGUCCUCUACCAACAACAAUCCCUCUCGUCGUAUGCAGGCGACAUCGGUCCCUCACAUUCAUAUAGAGUCGCCUUCUGGGUCUGAUCAAAUGAGGCGCGCUCCCGCACAACUUGACACUGGCUCCUUUCCAUACGCAAUGUACAAUCAGGAUCUGUCAUUUAUGUCUUCUUCUACCCUCUUCUCUAACGAAGGAUCCGAAUUUCAUAAUCCUCAAUUCUCGCCAUUAGAGGAUUUGAGCCCUGAAGAUUUGUACCUUGAGCAACUUUUUAACGAAACUCAGCGAUCGCAAGACUUUUUUUACCCGGAGUCAUACCUAACUGGCCCUGAAUCGUUUGCACCGUCUCCUGAUACCUUUCAGGUGAUCCCACCUUCUCCACCACCACAGACAAUGUUACGGACUACAAAUGAUAACAUGCGCCUUAUACCUGUAUAUACCCCAUCCCCCUCCUCAUCCUACGCCACACUCUCCCCCAGCCCCAGUCACGAGUCUCCUUCAUCUCCAUGUUGUGCCUUUCGCGUCGAGGGAGCUCAGCUUCUCUCCGACACCACCAUUCCCCGAGCGAUCCUACAUUUUAUCUUCAUGCCCCCGGCUACCGGCACUAGGCACGUUCGCUCGCGUUCAGAGUCCAGCAUGACUCGUCCUGUUGCGAGUCAAGCGAUGCUUGAUGCCAAUCAACGACGUCGACGCCACGAAGCUACCCAUAUGUGCGAAGAGUGUGGGCAAACCUUUACAGCUGUAUUUAGCUUAAAGCGUCAUAGGCAGUCUCACACCGGUGUUAAACCCUUCGCCUGCAAUGUUCCGGGCUGUAAUCAGGCGUUCUUCAAUCAGAGCGACUGCAGGCGUCACGAACGGAGCAGGAAGCGUCACAAGGGUCUCCCCUUCUCCGACUCACCUUAA